AUGGCUGCGGAUACUACGGCGACGCCUAAUGGUGCGGCCGGCAAGACGAAAAGAAUGAACCCUUACGAAACCGAUCUGGAUCUGAUACCGGAAGAUGAUCCCUUCCGGCUGCGAAGCCCGCACUACGGCCGCUAUCACCCGCGGGCCGACGACUUCCAACCUCUUUACAAAGACUGGUUCCAACAUGACCCCAAAGCGACAGAGUACUGGGAAGAGACCGUGAAGUCGUUAUGGACGCCAGAAAACUCAUUACAUGUGCAGGGUGCAAGACAGACGUAUGCUGCGGGCAGCGUACUCAUCCGGGUCGACGAGGAAGAAGUGACUGGCGCGGCGGCUGAGAAGUUCAAGUGCUUGAAUGCGAAUGAACUGAACGCAGCAAAGAAGGGAGAGGAUAUACUGAGUGAACUGGGUGUCGCAGUGCCAAAGGUCUACUUCUGCGGGACGAUAUCUGGGAAGAAUGUUACAGUGGAGUCUAGACUCCCCGGAGUUUCGCUGGAUGUGGCGUGGAGGCAUCUUUCCGAGGAGCAGAUUGAGCUUAUGAAGCAGCAGUGCCGGAUUGUGUCGGAACGCCUUAGCAACGGCGAUACCGGUCCGACACAGCCAUCCUACGUCUGCAGUGACCUGAAUUCGCACCCGCCGUCCGAAGCUGAACGGGAUAUACUUUUUGGUGAUAAUGGAGUGCAUGGGGACUGUUCUCUAAUUCACAACAAUAUGCUCCUCUGUAACAUCGUUGUGGACAAUCAUCGUAUUGUGGGAUUGACCGGCUGGCGAGGCUGCGGAUACUUUGGCUUCGGAAGAGCAGACAAGGUGCAUCGGCAAAUACGAGUCCCGCGUCUCAUCUCAGAAGCUGAAUCUGGAAUCGAAGUGCAGAAUGCGCAGACGUGGGCUGAUCUAUACAUCGGCCUUCAGGGGACUGCGCCAGUUGAGCCCACGGCCCCAGCACAACCCGUCAAAGUCGAACCUUCCGGCACGAAUCUAGACAAGGUGCCUUUAACUACAGAUGCAGAUGUCAAACCUGUAGUUCCUCAUCUAGACGGCACAGACACACCAGAGGAACACCCAACGCCCAAGAAAAUCGCGAGCCUCAAAAACCGGGGCAAUUCGCGAGCAUCUUCAUCAGACCGGUCGUCCCCAGCGAAUUCUACCAAAGCCCCCGCUAAAAGGGCCGCCCCUGGGACUAAAAAGGGCAUUAGCAAAAAGACCACAACUAAGAAGCGCAAGAUCGACAACCAGGACAAUGAGAGCGUGGAUAGUCGCCGAUCCUUGACUCCGUCGUCAUCACGUACAAGCAAGACGCCAGGAGGGAAGAAGCAGAGCUCUGCAUCGCUGGCAAAUUCACCAGUACCCGAGCCCAAGCCCAAGCCCAAGAAGAAACCCGGCAGAAAGCCGAAACCAAAGCCAGCCGAACAGGAACGGGGACAGGGACAGGAAGAGGAGGAGGAAGAUGACACUUCUAGCGAUGAGCUCUUCUGUAUCUGUCGGAAGCCUGACAAUCAUACUUGGAUGAUCGGGUGCGAUGGCGGCUGUGAGGAUUGGUUCCAUGGGAAAUGCGUGAACAUGCACUCGCGAGACGCUGAUCUUAUUGAACGAUAUAUCUGUCCGAACUGCAAGGAAAAGGGCAAAGGAUGGACCACUUGGAAGCCCAUGUGUCGACUAACCGAGUGCCGCAAACCAGCCCGCUUCACCAGGAAAAACCCCAGCAAGUACUGUUCCGACGAGCACGGGCUGGAAUACAUGCGCCAAAAAGCCCAGCAUCUUAAUAUGUCCACUCAGCCCGGUAACCAGAAACCUAAAUCCAUCCUUAAAGCGGCUCUUGAAGGAACCCGUACCCCGCGAGAUGACGAUAGCUCCUACGACGGAUCCCACUUUGAAGAUGAACAAGAUAAUAGCAUGGAGGACCUCGGAAGCAGAGGCGGAGUCCUCACACUGGGCGAUCUCACGGCAGUGAUAAUGGGCGUCGGAUCAGCAGAAGAGUUCCGCAAGCUCGGAGCCCACAUCAUCUCGCCCGCAGAUUCACAACCCCCAGAAGAAACACAGGUUAAGAAUGACGACACAGAAAUGAAGACUGAAGAAACCGCUACAGAAACGAAACCGCAACCCAGCAAGAAAUUGGGGCUAGACGUCGGCGUCGACGGCCUGACAUACUCUGCCGACGAGGCCGAGAAAAUCGAAAAACUGCGUCAGCAGCGUGCCGAUUUAUUCCAUCGCAGGGAUAUGCUCGCGGCGAGGAAUACGUUCCUCACGCUUGUGCGCCAGAGAUCAAAGAGCAUACUCGAGAUUUUGAAGAAGAAAGACCCCAAGGGCGGGUGGAAGGAUAUCUGUGGAUUUGAUACGAGACUUGCCUGGUCUGAUGAAGAGUUUGAUGAGUGGAGGCUCUCCGACGCCGGAAAGAGGGCCUUGGAAGAGGGAACCCCUGAAGCUAUGGCUUCGAGUUACCCAACCAACGUCGAUGCCGACGGCGAUACGGGCAUGAAUGGAGACAAGGCCGAGGAUGAGAUGGAGAGUGUUACGCGGGGCGUCUGUUUGAAGAAGCGAUGCGAACGACAUAAGCAAUGGAUCAAGGUCCAGCAGGGAGACAGUGCCUUUGAGGAAAAGACGCUGGAGGAAGAUCUUGUUGCAUGCGAGAAGGAGGCCCAGAGUGUUGUGGAACGGGCUGUUCUCAGGAUGUGGGCUGAGAAUGGCUGCUAG